AUGCCGAUUAUUGAAAUCAUCAGAUCCUGGUCUAGUGUUCGACCUACCGGUAACAUCAUGUCUUCGACAUCAGACCGCUUUUCAGCAGCAUCAGAAAAGUUCACCACAACACGCUCGGCGUCACAAACUGUUCAGGUCGAAUUCGGAGGUCAGAAGGUCGAUAUACCCAGAGGAGGUUACUAUGACCGCUACCGUAUGAACCCGAACCUCGAUGAGGUAGCCCAGGACCCGAAUAUCGAACACGAUAUCACAUUCUUGCGGAAAAUCCCUAAGAAGCUGGUUGAUUCGAGGGUCGGUCAAGUAUAUGCACCCAAUUUCUACUAUCGCACUAGCAGCGUUCAGCUCGUCAUGCUCGCGCCUCUUGACCACUUGAAGUCUAAGCUUCCGUCGCCUUUGGAGCCCAUCACAGCAUUGCCUGGUUACGGUUUAGUUGCAUUGACAUUUUAUUCGUAUCUGGUCUGCGAUAAUGAUCCUUACAACGAGGUCUCGAUCGCCAUCAUCAUUCGACAACCGGGUAGCACGAGUUACAGUUCCACACAACUUCUCAGCUCUAUAUGGAACCGAACAUUCUACGGCUAUGUCUUGGCUCUUCCAGUCGAUACCGAGAUUGCUCGGGUGAGGGGAAUAUAUGGAUAUCAACUCCCUAAGUGGAUGGCCAACAUUAACCUGAACAUGGACAAUCACAACAUCAAGGCCGAUAUCAGCGCGACCAACGGAACACCAGAUCUGACACUGAAUGUACCCCUUCCAGCGUUGAGGAACAUUCCGUCAGAAUCACGAAUUGGGAUCAAUAACGCGGUGAACAAGAUCGACGGGAAAUGGUACCAGGUGGCCGUUCAGACGAACCCCCUGUUGGCGACACAGUGUCUUUUCCCCACCAAUGUCAAUCUCGCUCGGAACGAAGGUCCGUUGAGUCAACUCCUCAACGAGCUGGGUGUCUCGACUAUUGUGCGGAUGGAUAUUAUUAAGGAGGCGCAGAUGGUCUUGAAUAUGCCCACUCCCUUGAAGGUUUUUAACAGGGUUGGAUCAUUAGCCUAG